UCCCCGGCUCAUGUGAUCGCGCCUGGGGAGAAAAACGCCUGACCCCAGCCCCCGGCCUUCACGGUACAGCCAUUUCUUCCUGCGGCUCGUCGGCUUCUCGACCUUCAGCCACUUGCGCGUCCCUCCACACAGUCCCGGGGUCCCCCCCGGAGCCCUGUCCACCAUGCGGCUCCUGCGUCUGGCCCCUGAUGGGCCCCGGCGGCGCGGCCCCCGCCACCUGCCCUCCUGCAGCCUGGCGCUGCUGCUGCUUCCGCUGGGCUGCUGCCUGGGGGUCUCCCCGGUGGCGGCGGGCUCUCGGAGGCCCAAUGUGGUGCUGCUCCUCACCGACGACCAGGACGAAGUGCUCGGCGGCAUGACACCACUGAAGAAAACCAAGGCUCUCAUCGGAGAGAUGGGGAUGACUUUCUCCAGUGCUUAUGUGCCAAGCGCUCUUUGCUGCCCAAGCCGAGCCAGUAUCCUGACAGGGAAGUACCCACAUAAUCAUCACGUUGUUAACAACACUUUAGAGGGGAACUGCAGUAGUAAGUCUUGGCAGAAGAUCCAAGAACCAAAUACUUUCCCAGCAAUCCUCAGAUCAAUGUGUGGUUAUCAAACCUUUUUUGCAGGGAAAUACUUAAAUGAGUAUGGAGCACCAGACGCAGGAGGACUGGAGCACAUUCCUCUGGGGUGGAGUUACUGGUACGCCUUGGAAAAGAAUUCUAAAUACUAUAAUUAUACCCUGUCUAUCAAUGGGAAGGCACGGAAACAUGGUGAAAACUACAGUGUGGAUUACCUGACAGAUGUUUUGGCCAAUGUCUCCUUGGACUUCCUGGAUUACAAGUCCAACUCUGAACCGUUCUUCAUGAUGAUCUCCACUCCAGCGCCUCAUUCACCUUGGAUAGCUGCACCUCAGUACCAGAAGACCUUCCAGAACGUCUUUGCACCAAGGAACAAGAACUUCAACAUUCAUGGAACGAACAAGCACUGGUUAAUUAGGCAAGCCAAGACCCCAAUGACUAAUUCUUCAAUACAGUUUUUAGAUAAUGCAUUUAGGAAAAGGUGGCAAACUCUACUCUCAGUUGAUGACCUUGUGGAGAAAUUGGUCAAGAGAUUGGAGUUCAAUGGAGAGCUCAACAACACUUACAUCUUUUACACCUCAGACAAUGGCUAUCACACAGGACAGUUUUCUUUGCCAAUAGACAAAAGGCAGCUGUAUGAGUUUGAUAUCAAAGUUCCACUGUUGAUUCGAGGGCCCGGGAUCAAACCAAAUCAGACAAGCAAGAUGCUCGUGUCCAACAUUGACUUGGGCCCCACGAUUCUGGACAUUGCUGGCUAUGACCUGAAUAAGACGCAGAUGGAUGGGAUGUCUUUACUGCCCAUUUUGAAAGGUGCCAGUAAUGUGACUUGGCGAUCAGAUGUCCUGGUGGAAUAUCAAGGAGAAGGUCGUAACGUCACCGACCCGACGUGUCCGUCCCUGAGUCCUGGAGUAUCUCAAUGUUUCCCAGACUGUGUGUGUGAAGACUCUUAUAACAACACCUAUGCUUGUGUGAGGACCGUGUCAGCACUGUGGGACUUACAGUACUGCGAGUUUGAUGACCAGGAGGUGUUUGUAGAAGUCUAUAAUCUGACUGCAGACCCACACCAAAUCACAAACAUUGCGAAAAGUAUAGACCCAGAGCUUUUAGGGAAGAUGAACUAUCGGCUGAUGAUGUUACAGUCCUGCUCCGGAGCGACCUGCCGUACUCCAGGGGUGUUUGACCCCGGGUACAGGUUUGACCCUCGUCUCAUGUUCAACAAUCACGGCAGUGUCCGGACUAGAAGGUUUUCGAAACAUCUGUAGCGACCUCUGCUGUUGGACCCCUGCACGCCUUUCUGAUGAAGUGAUUAUACUAAGUGUCUGUAGCUCGUCUUCAAGACCACAGCUGGAAGAGUUUCUGGACUGGCUUUAAGUCCUGUUUUUAAAAGCAACCCAAUCGGCUGACUUCCUCGUGCAAUGUGUUAAACUGUGAACUCCGCCCAUAUGUCAGGAGUGGCUGUCCCGGCCCCUUCACUCACCUGGUGAGGAGUGCUCCUGAGGUCUCUGUUCUCUCUGUGCCCUUUCUGUUGUGGGGCUGCAGUUCCCGAUGAUUCCCCGGGUGGUCAGCGUCCAAACCUGUAAAUCUAUUCGGAUAAAUAGCAAUACUUUGGGGGGGGAAAUGUUUUUGGUAUACAGCUUUGACAUAAAAAUCAAAGAACCUGCAUAGCAUUUCAGAUUGAGCACUUCACGAUCAAAAAAUACUAACAUCACAUGGCUUAAAGAAUAACCAUUAGCGCUGAAUCAUCCGAUUAAGAACGAGUACCAUUGGUUUUAGAUUAGUAGAAAUACAUUGUUUAUAACAUCCGUCACAAUGUGAUGAGGUUGCAAAUUCAAAACGGAACUGAGGAAAUGUCCCUGCCCAAUACUUUCCCCCCUGAGCUCUGAAAAAUAAAGUGGCUUAGCUUAGGUAUCUCAGCAGAGAAAAAGAAGUUCCCGGGCUUGGUGAAGGUUGUGUUUUCUGAAGGCCUGUGAUGGGAUAAGUGCCUGUCCAGCAGGGAGUCUGGGUUUCAGUCCCACCGGUGAAGUUGUUGGACUCUGCAUUUUGCUGACAUUCUGUUCAUUUGUUAAGAUAAAAGUUGAUGCAAUGUACCAACUACUUGACUUCCCUUUCAGAUAAGUUCUGCCUGAGAUUUUGGAGGCUUGUGUAAUUUGAGCCCCAUUGACUAAUUCCCUGGUCAAAACCAGAUCUUGUUGAGGUUUCCUCGUGGUUUAGAACGCCUACAUUUUUAUGUUUCUUGGCUCAGACCAGUCCCGUUUCCACCAUUUUCUUCACAAGGCUAAUCAGUGGUCGGACAGCAGGGGAGGAGGAGCUGUGGUGUGUAACGUGUUCAGCCCAGGCAGCAGUGAUGUUAGCUCCAAGGUCUUAGGUGGAGCUUUAAGCACAGGUGUGACAUGGCCGUAAAGAACUUUCUAUCAGAAUGCCAGAGAGCUGUGGUGGGUUGACAGCCGUUGGGUUUAUUCCUUUACCUCAUGCAAUCCCAUUAACUGGGGUGGUAUUUAGAGACGAAAUAGGCAAAUGAAAUGAACACCUCUGCUGUGAAUGUUUUAGGGAAAGAAUUCUUAAAGUUUUGUAACUAAAAGCAAAAUGCAAUGUUGAAUAUGGGUAUCAGCUUUAUUCUACACUUUGAUUAACAUUAAUCAGUCAACUUCCACAUUAAUACAAGUUGACCGUAGUUAUUCCCGAAUAAAAAGAAACCAACUCUUACUAGGUCUUGUACUGUGAUGUCAUAUUAUUCAAUUAAUUCAUUUUAUGAUCCUGGUUCCUGAAAGCAUGUCAGAUCGGCUGCUUUCAUAACAUCCAUGCCACUCUGCCCUUUCGCUCGGCCGACUUCUGUUUGGGUGGUGGGAUGCGGUGAGGCCCUCUCUGUACUUCCACUACAUUUGGUACAUUUCCUACAUAACUUUUGAAUUGCCUCUAAUUUGAUGAAAAACUUUCUUUGGGACUGGCAUCAUUCUGGAUCUGUGCUAAAAUCAUCUUUCACUAAGAGGCGUCAGUUUAGAUAGCCUAGCAGACUACAAAACGCACUGAACUUUUCAGAAUGGCUAUGUACAAGGGACCCACUGCAAAAGGCCUGCCGUGUUUCUAUACUGAUUUAAAUUUUGAUUAUUUUCCCUUUUAAGAAGGCCAGGUCCAUAUCCAUGCCCUUCAGAGUAGACAACUGUAUACCCCGUUAGUAAUGAACAAAGGCCAUAGGAAUCAAUAGAUUUUGCCUUUUAACAUUUCCUAUUACAAAGCUCUUCCUCAAAUACAAAGUAGGAAACACCUUUUGAACAUCUUUGAAUUCGACCAAUGGUGCUGCUGUUGCAAAAUACAUUUUUUUUUGUCUUUUUUUUGGUCAAUACUUUUUUUGUCAAUACAAAUUGACAACACUUGGGGUUUUGUACAAAAUAGUAAUUAAUGAUAGCCAUGGAAGUUAUACCUUAAUCUGUGAGAUGUUCUUAAAUUUAUUUUUAAAUGCCUAAAUUAAAGAUUAGUACUUUUUUAACAAAAAAAGAUGAAUUGUCCCAGGAUCCUUAUUAUGAGAAAGCAAAGAGUAUUUCAACUGAUCCACCAGCGGAAUUAGAUGGGAAUAUUUGGGUUCUUUAGUUUCACUACCACUUAGGUCCCCCUGAAUUUUGUGAAUUCCUAUGUUUGCAUCAUCUGUUCCUGAAGUUGUUUUGCCCUGGCUCUGUCACUUCAAUCAUUUGACUUAGAAAGUGCCCUUCAAAGGACCCUGUUCACUGCUGCACUUUUCAACAAAUUAAAAUUUAUUUCUGUUCUAGUGGAAA